AUGGCGACUUCCAACCUGGAGAACCAGCUGCAGAGUGCCCAGAAGAACCUGCUGUUUCUCCAGCGGGAACAUGCCAACACCCUGAAGGGCCUCCACGCCGAGAUCCGACGCCUGCAGCAGCACUGCACAGAUUUAACCUAUGAGCUGACUGUAAAGAGUGCAGACUUGUCAGAAAAUGGCAGUUCAAGAAGCGAUGAACUCAAAAGUAAGUGCAAAGAUUUGGAAGCUCAGCUGAAAGCCAAAGAGGCUGAAAACAAUGAAUUAUUGAAAGAACUCGAACAAAAGAACGCGAUGAUAAUGGUGCUGGAAAACACCAUUAAAGAGAGAGAAAAGAAGUAUUUGGAAGAGUUGAAAAUGAAAAGCCAUAAGCUCAAUAUGUUGUCGAGUGAACUAGAGCAGAGAGCCAGCACUAUUGCUUACUUGACCUCCCAGCUGCAUGCGACUAAGAAGAAGCUGAUGAGCUCAAGUGGGACUUCGGAGGGGACCCCUUCUGGCAGUCCCGUGCUGUCCAGCUAUAAGCCGUCCCCUCCCAAAGACAAACUGCCGGAGACCCCCCGGCGCAGAAUGAAGAAGAGUCUGUCGACACCACUGAACCCUGAGUUCGAAGAGGCCUACCGAAUAGGGUCGGAUAGCCGGAAGCUGCUGUUGAGAGAGCCUGUGGAUGCCAUGCCGGAUCCCACCCCGUUCCUGUUGGCCAGGGAAACGGCAGAGGUGCAUCUCAUUAAGGAGAGGCCGUUGGUGAUUCCACCCAUUGCUUCAGACCGUGCCUCGGGUGAGUCUCACAGCCCAGCCCGAGAGAAGCCGCACAAGGCCCACAUCGGGGUGGCGCAUCGCAUCCACCACGCCGCGCCAGCCCAGCCCCAGCCGGAGGUGGAAACACUGGCGGUGGAUCAGGUCCAUGGAAGCAAAGUGGUCAGGAAGCACUCAGGGACAGACAGAACUGUUUGA